AUGUCGAAAUGGGGCUAUUGUGGAACGGGACCAGAUUAUUGUGGUGCUGGUUGUCAAGCAGGUCCAUGUACAGGAACU